AUGAUUUUUGUUAAAAAAAGAAACCAAACGAUCACGCGGCAUCGAAGUUAUGGUACCUACCAUCAUUAUCCAUCCAAAUCAAUAUCGGUUUCCUCAUGUCUUCCACCUCAUUUUAUGUGGCUUCCGGAAAAUCCGAAAUCUUUAACGGUGGAUACAUCCUUUCGAUCUGGUUUAUCAUUCAUGUCGGAAAAUUCAAACUUUCCAUAUUUUGGAUCAGUACCUUCUACACUUUGUGCUAAUUCAAUUAUUCAGUCGCCGGCAACAACUUCGGAUCCGAGCGUAGAUUUUAGUCCUUCACAAACAGAGAAUUUUUUAAAUUCAAUUAUUCAAUCACCGGUAACAACUUCGGACCCGAGCGUGGAUCGUGGUCCUUUACAAACGGAGGACUUUCCAAAUUCGACAUGGGAUUGUGAUGUUAACAAUAAUCAACAUUCGAAAACAUACUCAAGUUUUCCAUUGUUUAGAUCCGUAUAUUCUACGGAGCCAAACCCAUCUCAUGUUAAUGGAUCUGAGCCAAUUACUCCAUCAUCGGUAACAACUUCAGACCCGAGCGUAGAUUCUAGUCCUUCACAAACAGAGAAUUUUUUAAAUUCAUUUAUUCAAUCGCCGCCGAUAACAACUUCGGACCAGAGCAUAUAUUCUGAUAAUUUUGACAAUCAUGAUUUAGCGUUGGAUUUCAUCGGAAACAAAUCUCAUGCUAAUGAAUCUUAA